CGUAGUGUGCCUCUGCGCUCUGAUUGGCCGAGGCUGCAGUGAUGUUCGCUGCAUCCGGAUCCCACAGCCAGGGCAGGAGGGAGGGGAGCUGGAAGUGCGGCCGGAAAAUCAUCAUAACACUGGGGGGCAAAAUUAGUAUUUUCACCGUUUUCCUCAUCUGGAAGAGAUGUUUACACUCAACAUGUCUGCAGAAACAGAAGUAGCUGCUGUUUCCAACUCGUGACUGCUUCUUCCAAACGUCCUAAGACAGCGCUGAGAGGCUGAUCAGCCCCUGAGAAAGUCUCACCUUUACACCCCGUGAACACUGAGCAGGUUAACCCAAAGGCCAUGAGCAUGCCCGUCAACGACCCCGAGAGUAUACUGAGCUACCAGAGGCCAGAUGAAGAGGUGGUGGUAGACCAAGGAGGGACCAGCUCAGUACUGAACAUCCACUAUGAGAAGGAGGAACUAGAAGGCCACAGGACUCUGUUUGUGGGGGUUCGGAUGCCCAGGCAGAGCCAUCGUCACCACAAGCCCCAUGGCUCUCGGCACCGCAAGAGAGACAGAAGGGCAGGAAGCAUCGCGACACAACAAAGCGAGGAAACUGAGACGACCACCUCCAAUCAUGACACGCCGUCCCAGCGUGUCCAGUUCAUUCUGGGCACAGAGGAGGAUGCUGAACAUGUGACCCACGAGCUAUUCACUGAGCUGGAUGAGAUCUGUGUGAAGGAUGGCAAGGAUGCUGAGUGGAAGGAAACAGCCAGGUGGCUGAAGUUUGAGGAAGACGUGGAGGAUGGCGGGGAGAGGUGGAGCAAGCCCUAUGUCGCUACUCUCUCCCUCCACAGCCUGUUUGAGCUCCGCAGUUGCAUCAUCAACGGCAGCGUGUUGCUUGACAUGCAUGCCGACUGCAUCGAAGAGAUUGCAGACAUGGUGCUGGACCACCAGGAGGCGUCCAAUGAGCUGGACGACAGUGUGAGAGUAAAGGUGCGUGAGGCUCUGCUGAAGAGACACCACCACCAGAACGAGAAGAAGAAGAACCUGAUGCCCAUCGUACGCUCCAUCACUGAGGGAACCCGCAAACAGUCAGAGCCCCAUCUGACAGGAUCAGCCACAUCUCACCAGCCUCCACCAGCUACAGAACCAGCUAAGAACGGUGGUGGACAGGACAGCACCCAAGUGGACCUCAGCAAGGUGGACAUGCAUUUCAUGAAGAAGAUCCCAGAGGGUGCAGAGGCCUCCAAUGUACUGGUGGGAGAACUGGACUUCCUGGAGAGGCCCAUUGUGGCCUUUGUCCGCCUCUCCCCUGCUGUGCUGCUAACUGGACUCACUGAGGUCCCCAUACCUACCAGGUUCCUCUUCAUUCUCCUGGGCCCAGAUGGAAAGGCUCAGCAAUACCACGAAAUUGGACGCUCCAUGGCAACCAUCAUGACAGAUGAAAUCUUCCAUGAUGUAGCCUACAAGGCAAAGGACAGAAGUGACCUGCUGGCUGGGAUAGAUGAGUUCCUGGACCAGGUGACGGUCCUACCACCAGGAGAGUGGGACCCCUCCAUCCGCAUUGAGCCCCCAAAGAAUGUCCCCUCUCAGGAGAAGAGGAAGACGCCCGGAGUCCCUAAUGGCACAGGCUGCCAGGUAGAGGAAGAGCUACAUGCUGAGCACCAUGGGCCAGAGCUGCAGAGAACUGGAAGGUUGUUCGGUGGUCUGAUACUGGACAUCAAGAGGAAAGCUCCGUUCUAUCUGAGUGACUUUAAGGAUGGUAUGAGCCUCCAGUGUGUGGCCUCCUUCCUCUUCCUCUACUGUGCCUGCAUGUCUCCUGUCAUCACCUUUGGAGGACUGCUGGGGGAGGCGACAGAGGGACGCAUCAGUGCCAUAGAGUCCUUACUUGGUGCGUCUAUGACUGGGGUAGCCUACUCUGUGUUUGCUGGUCAGCCUCUUACCAUUUUGGGCAGCACUGGUCCUGUGCUGGUUUUUGAGAAAAUCCUUUUCAAGUUUUGCAAGGACUACGGCCUGUCCUAUCUGUCGCUGAGGACUUGCAUCGGCCUGUGGACGGCCCUGCUGUGUUUGAUUUUGGUUGCCACAGAUGCUAGCUCUCUGGUGUGCUACAUCACUCGGUUCACAGAGGAGGCCUUCGCAGCCCUCAUCUGCCUCAUUUUCAUCUACGAGGCCUUGGAGAAGCUCUUCCACCUGGGAGAAGUCUACCCCUUCAAUGCACACAGCGACCUGGACAAACUCACACUGGCGUACUGUAGGUGUGCAGAGCCUGAUAAUCCCAGUAAUAAAACCAUAGAUCUGUGGAGUGAGAGAAACAUCACAGCCUCUGCCAUACCCUGGUCCAACCUUACUGUCAAGGAGUGUAUCAGUCUACAGGGCCACUUUGUUGGGACGGCAUGUGGCCACCAUGGCCCCUACACCCCAGAUGUUCUCUUCUGGUCUACCAUCUUGUUUUUCUCAACCUUCCUCAUGUCUGCCUUCCUCAAACAAUUCAAGACUAGUCGUUAUUUCCCCACUAAGGUGCGGUCCAUGAUCAGUGACUUUGCAGUGUUCCUUACCAUUGCCAUCAUGGUUCUGCUUGACUAUGUCAUUGGAGUGCCCUCCCAGAAGUUGAAGGUGCCCAGCAAAUUCCAGCCUACUAGAGACGACCGAGGUUGGUUGAUCAAUCCAAUAGGACGCAACCCAUGGUGGACAGUCCUGGCUGCAUCUAUUCCUGCCCUUCUCUGUACCAUCCUCAUCUUCAUGGACCAACAGAUAACUGCCGUCAUCAUCAACCGCAAAGAGCACAAACUGCUGAAGGGCUGUGGGUACCACCUGGACCUGCUGAUGGUUGGGGUGAUGCUGGCGGUGUGCUCCAUCAUGGGCUUGCCCUGGUUUGUAGCUGCCACAGUCCUGUCCAUCUCUCACGUCAACAGCCUGAAGCUGGAAUCAGAGAGCUCGGCUCCGGGAGAGCAGCCUCGCUUCCUGGGCAUCAGAGAACAGAGGUUCACUGGCCUGCUUAUCUUCCUGCUAAUGGGCUGCUCUGUAUUUAUGACUGGAGCCCUGCAGUUCAUUCCUAUGCCAGUGUUGUAUGGUGUUUUCCUUUACAUGGGAGUCUCUUCAUUAAAAGGCAUUCAGUUCUUCGACCGUCUAAAGUUGUUCGGCAUGCCAGCGAAGCACCAGCCAGAUUUCAUCUACCUGCGCCACGUCCCCUUGAGGAAGGUGCACCUGUUCACUGUCACCCAGCUCACUUGUCUGGUGCUACUCUGGGUCAUCAAGACGUCACCUGCCGCCAUCAUCUUCCCCAUGAUGGUGCUGGCGCUGGUUUUCGUCCGCAAGCUGCUGGACUUGUGCUUCUCUAAGCGAGAGCUAAGUUACCUGGAUGACUUAAUGCCUGAAUGGAAGAAAAAAAACCUUGAUGAUGCCUCCAAAAAUAUAGAAGAGGAAUCACAGAUUAUGCUCAGUGCAAAAAGGGAAGAUACUGUUCAGAUUCCCAUGGAGAGCAGCAAGCCCGUUCAGACCCCAAAAGCACAUGACCCCAGGUGUGACCCCUCUGAUAUUAAUAUAUCUGAUGAAAUGUCUAAAACCACAGUGUGGAAAUCCCUCAGCUCCAAUCAAAAGGACACUCGUCCUAUGGCUGCUAAGAAGGAUUGAAGGGAUUGCGUUCAUAGACGAAUAAAAGACGUCCACAUUACUGGCAGACUCAGCUGUGUCACUUGACUGUAGCUCUGGACCACAGGACGCUGCAGUUUGGCUGCUUCAACUGUCAGCCUCUUCAGUGCUUAGAGGAACAAGUCUUGAUGAUUUCUACCAGCUCCCCGAAACACAUAAUACUGUCCAUAAACACACAGACAAAGACAUACACACGCACUUCUAUCUUUGUGAGGACUGGAAAUAUAUUAUAAAUAUUAUUUCUCUAAACCAAAGCUCUAAAAUGUAAGCCAGUGCUAACUUAAUCCUAACGCUGACCCCUUGACUACAAACUGCACCAACCUCAGCAACCUUAACCAUCUUAACCAGUUAACUAGUGGAAAACCCUGAUCUCAACCAUCAGCAUCUUCUACUUCCAGCUUUCUACUAAACCAGACAGGGAAGAAAGCCCUUAGUGAUUCUGGCCUUUUACUAGUUGUGAGCUUGAAGGAUGAUAUAAAGGAUGACACUUUAAAGCACUCUCUCCUGUAGCAGCAUUCACCUGUGAAAAUUCAAUAGUAUUGAAUAGCUCAGUUUUAAUUCAUUGGUGUAGAGCAAUGAGACGGGCUCUGAGAAUGUAAUCUAGAGACAGAUCCUGGAGCUGCUCCAUCCACAGUAGCAGUAAAUAAUGGAAAAACUGCGAGGACACUGUGACAGCUGCUAUCAGCCAUAGUGAUUUCACUGAGAUAUGGGGACAUUUGCUGAUUCAUAGCAGAAAUCCAUGCAUUUAUUUAAAACUCAUUUGGAUAUAACAUCUCAAAUAGCCUAACAACACACCAAUUAGUCAAUCAGUCAGUAAUUCAGUGUCACUGGUCUAUCUCCAAAAAUGUCAACCAAAAAGUCUGGAUGGUUUGUUUUUAGCUCAUGGGGACACAGCUGUUGCUUGUCUAUAAAUAUCGGCUUUACUGCCCAACAUCAAUGAAACAGCCCAUUGUAAAUUCCCUUGUAGGGUAGAUUUUUAAUUUAAUUCUAAAACUAGCCAUAGCCGUAAACUGAUAUACAGGAAUAUGCCCAGUUGCCAGUUUAUUAGGUACAACUAGCUAAAAGUAAUGCAAUCUAAUACGACAGUCCUGCGAUAAAUCUUACCUUCAUGAAGUUAUAAUGUUCAGGGGUUUUUUUGUUAUUGUUUUUUAAGAUUAUUUUUUGGGCUUUUUGCCUUUCUUUGAUAAGAACAGCUGCAGAGAUAUACAGGAAAUUUGGAAAGGAGAGACAUGCAGCAAUGGGCUGGAUUUGAACCCAGGCCGCUGCGGUAAGGACUCAGCCUUGUACGUGGGGCACGUGCUGUUGAAGUGUAGUGCGUUAUACUGACAGGUGUUUCUAAUACUUUGUCCACCCCAGUUAAAUUAAGAGACUAACAACUGUAUUAGUUUAAAUGUACUUAGUAAACACCUUAUCUUUUUUUUCUUAUUUUGGCCACUUGGGGCCCCGGAAACAACCUGUAAACCCAACAUGGUUGUUUAUUUACACAGCAGAUAUGGAGCAACAUUAGCAUUCAUUUCAUGUGUUUCUGGCCACGUGAUGAAUGCAGUUCAAUAUUCACUCUCCUUUUAGUCCUGUUUUUGUUUUUUCCUGAGGGAAAUAUCUAUCUCUUUAGCUGCUAAAUGAUCCACGAUGUUCACCAGCUAGUUGCUAACUUUCUGACUCUCUGCUGUUUGGUGCUGAACAGGUAGCGUACAGCAGGUUUUCAGAGCUGUUUCGCUGAAAACAGAUGCUGCUGCAGCUGAAAACAACGCUAUGAGAGCAAAGUAAAGUUGCGGGCCAGAAAAUCAAAACGAUGAGCUGAAAUAAGUUCUAAAGCUCCAUAGAGCUGAGGGGAACUGCAGAGUUGGAUGAUAAUUUAUUGUCAGCUCCUCCCUACAAGUGAUCUCUUUCAAAUACAAGUAGUUGUGUGAUCCACUGUUAAAAUAUUUAUAAAAACCUUUAUUAUAGCUGCUUUAAAGACAUUUGGUCCUCACAAAGAUAUAGGAGCACACAAAACAACAACAACAACAACCUCUCCACUCCCCUUUUUCACCCUUUCAUCAGAAACAAACACCCAGGUUUCCCACCUCGACUGUACACUUAGCUGGGCUAUACAAUGGAGUGUAAAUGCUCCUUUAUAAACAAACCAGGUUCUUUUUAAUAAUUUAAGUAGGUCAUCAUUAUCAGUCAUCAUUCCUUAAAUCUACUCUUUUUAUUUAAUGUGCCAUGACUGUGUUCUUUUUCUAGUAGUGAUGAUAUGGUCGAUUAUUUAGUAGAUUUUAGAAAUACAUUGCAGGUUCAGUAAUACAUAGACAAAUCCUCUUUUGGUGCAUAAAACUUUGUGUCAGUUUUGUGUGAUGAUGUAAACUGAAAACUAUAAAUGUUAGAAGACCCACUUCAGUUGAAGCAGUGGCAUCAAUAACGUGUUUUUUGAGGCAUAAUUCUUUUCCCUUUACGGACGUUUGUCUUUGAACUAAUGAUUGUGUGGAUGAAUCUUUGUGAUGUGUUAGUACAGUGUCUUAUUUCUUUACCUCAGACGAGUUCAUAAAUGCUCCUGCAAGGCACUUCGGCUAAUGCCAGGUCAGGGGAAACCAGAGCAAAGAAAGUGUGUGUGUGUGUGUGUGUGUCUGUGUGUCUGUGCGAGAGAGAGGGAGAGCGAAAGGGUGUCUCCCUUUGAGUAUCAGGAAAAUAAUAACUAUUUCGUUACUUUGGGGUGGGGUGGGGGCUACAGCAUUUUCUUUUAAGCAAUAAUUGACCCAAAAUCCAACCCAGACUGACUUUACCAUAACGCUUUAUUUAUCAGGGUGCUUUUGUGCCAGUGCAACCUUUUUUAUCCAUCCCUGAGUGGAGUAGAGGCGGUUCAGGAAAAUAUAACAUUUGAAGCCGAAAAAACACUUUCAUUGCAUAUGCCAAAAAUGUCAACAAUUACACACAAUUAAAAGAGGAUAUUUUGACAUUGUCACACUUUCAUUAUGUGGAUUGCCGACACUUGUCAGUUUGGAUAAACAAGUUUCUGAUGUAAUGCGCUCCCCCCUUUUCUAUUAUCAGAGUCCCAUCUGGCGGUUGUCUUUAAUUAAUUUAAGACAGGACUCUCCUUUUUGAGUUCAGCAGUGUCACCUCAAAGCUUGGAGAGCCAAAGGGAGCAUAGAGAUUUUGGUGCAAAAGAAUGACCUUCAGUAAUACUUUAUUUAUAACUGCACCUUCUGUAGAUAAAGAAUUUGUGAUAUAUUUUAUUUUUUAGAGAUCUAUUAAGCAAUCAAAUGGUUUUACAAUAAUUUAUUACUUAUUUAUUAUUUAUUACAAAAAUAUUUUUAGAUAUGAAAUUCCAAUGUGUUCUCUUUGCUUUCUGUAUAUACUGUAAUAAGCAACAUAAGUUCAGAGAAAGGCUGAAGAAUGCAGCACAUGGAUGAUAUACUUAUAUGAAUGAAUUCAAUAAAAUACCAUUAAAGGUUAUUACACAGAGAGCAAAGAGCUCUGAUGGGAGACAGCAGGAGUUUGUCUAAUAAACUGCAAUUGUCACACCCUUUUGUCCUCGAUGGGCCUAGAGCCUUGAAACUGCUCAUAAAUCAAUUAUUGAUUGAUACUUAAUUGGACAAUAAAAAGAAGGAUUAUUGAAAGACUAUUUUUAAAGGGGUUUUUUGUGGCAUUUUUGCGUGACAGGAAAUGAGGGGAGAGAGAGAAGAGAUGGCAUGCUACCAAGGUCCCAGGUUCUAAUCAUGAAUGCUGCAAUAACACAGUCUUCGAGUGAGACUAUGUAAAUUUUGCUGAACAGCAGCCACAGCGGCCACAGGUGAAAAUUACAAUAAUAAUAAUAAUAAAUGUUAAAAUGUCGUAGCACAGGUAGAAAGGAGUUAUCAAUUUAGGAAACUGACUCAGUUAUGUCAGUUACACAGCAAUACAGAUCUUAAGCUACUGGUCAUACCAGACCAAGUAAGGUUGUAGCAGAAAAACCCCUGAAUGUAUUGAAUAGAUUAAUGGUGCGCUUUAUUGCUUCAACUUUUCAUUUUCAAGAGGAAGAAUGCAUUUUUAUUUGAAGUUGGAUCUUUACUUUAAGGUUAAAUAUCAGAGAAUGAAUAAAUUAAUCUAUUGUAAAAUGAUCAAUUUUAAAUAUUUGGUCCAUGAAUUGAUGGAUUAAUGUAGCCAUGUUUAAAAUCGAAAAACUCCUUGUUUUACCGUCCAGUUAAAUAUCAAUUCAUGAAUUGUUUUAUAACAAUAUUCAAGGCUACUUCCUCUGUAGUCCCCAUCAUUUCUAUUCAAGUGACUUUAAAGCAAAGUGCACAAGUACAGUAAUCUAUCACUGUAACAUCACAUGCAGUAAUACCUCCUCCAAGACACGUAUGAAAGUUUUGUACAUUGUGUUUGCUGUCAUGUAGCCUACUUCUGCUUCUACUCUGUCAGACUUUUGAAUGUGAAUAGUCUUUGUGUGUCUGAGGACUAAACUAAUGAAUGGCAUGACUUAAUAUUAUUCAUUGUGUAAAUAUACACUCUAAACCAAAUUGUGAAAUCCCUUUUAAACAUCCAGAGUUUAAUGACUGUAGAUUUUGACUGUUUUAAUGAGCAUCAUGUGUCUUAAACUUGAUUUUCAACUCAUUAAUGUAUAUGUGAAUGUAUGGCAAACAUACAGUUAAACGCCUUCGGUAUACUGUAGGUUUACUGCAUAUACAUGUGACCAAGAGGCCAUAAAAUUUUGAUGGAUGUGAGUAUAAAUAUACGUGCUGUACGUGUGUGCCUGUCAUAGAAUACAUAACCACUUCCUGUUGUGCUGUCAUUUUUGACCUUUGACCACCUUACAUCUGACCAAAAACAGACCUUUUAAAAGCCAGUAAUGAGGCAUAGGCUGUCAAAAAAAACUAGAAUCAUUACUGUGGCCCAUACAAUUGUACAAUUUCUAUGUUGCAUAAAAAUACAAGAACAGACCCAUGUUUCAAAUUCUCUCAUGAGAUUUUUAUGUGUAGAUAAAAGUGAAAACUGUGCACUGUGUGAGGCUAUGUCCUUCUACUGAAUAUAAGACAAAACUUGUGUCUGUUUCAAGGUCAAUUUGACAAAAGAGGGAAAUUAUGAAAGAGAGCGAGAGAGAGAGAUGUCAGAAAGCGGGAGGCUUUCAGGAAGAAGAGCACCUGUACUGCAGUAACCUUAAUCCUAUAGUCUUGGAGCCAUAGAAAGAGCGAUGCCUUGUCUCUUCAACCACUGAAUGAUUAGUCUUGAGCAAAAUAGUUCUACAUGUUUUAUAUGUAUAUGUAAUUUUAAUUUUUGAUUAUGGAAAAAUGAAAAAUAAAUAAUUACA